AGAUUUAGUAUUUACAUUUAGUUGUAAAUGAUUUCAAAACUUAUUUCUUGUGAGCCUAACUACAUUUGUAUAAAUAAAAUGAUGUCAGCUAAGUCGGACUGCAAUGUGAAAUGAUGUUAGUGAUAUAAUGGCAUUAAUAGAAAACAUCUUUAGAAGAAGAAAAAUUGAUUAUGCUUAUUGGGACUCACGAAUCAGGGGCAGCAGAGCUGGUGAAUUAGCUUUGGAGCAAGUGAGAUUGCUUCUGUAUAAGGAAUGUGAUCGUAGAGGAAGAAAAGUGCUUUUCGAUUCAUCUACUAUUGAUAAAGUAUUGUCUGCAAAAAAUGACAGACCAGAUAUCAAAAUGGAAAAAAUUCCCUGCAUCGUUGAAGUUACAGAUGGAAACUCAUACAUUUACAAAGGUCAGGCGACGGAUGCGAGUGUCCUCGGUGAGAUGAUAUUCGGAGCGGUGGCAAUGAAUUGCAAGAGCGUUUCCUUUAAGAUACAUAUCAUGAAUGAACCGAAAAGGUUAAUGUGCACCAAGUUGUUCAGUGUGCCUGUAUCAAGGAAGACCAGUCGGAUGGAAAGGAAGGCAGAUAGUUGUAGCGGAGAUGUCAAUAGAUCGAGGCCUUUGAAUAUGACGUUACUGAGAGAAGAAGGAUUGGCGUUGAGCUUCUCAUUGGAUAGAGGCGAUUCUGGUUUCUGUGAGACAUCUUCGUACAGCAGUUUCGGUACAAGCUUCGAUUACCUCACCAUGUUUCACGACUGGGAUCAGAACGGCGACGAACACUACUUUUAUAGUCCAAGUUCAAAGUUAAGCGCUUCAAGCGGUAGUUUAGCUAGACGCACGUCCCAUAGCUACGCUACUCGCUUCGAUUUCGGGAAUACUUUGAAAGUACCCACCAGUAGUACAGUGUGUAGCGCGGAUUCGCAGAAAUUGUCUGUGCAGUUAUAUAGCAGUUCAACGAGUACGUCAGACAGUUUGGCGAGCACUGCGUCUACACGACGCGCUAAACUCGGACUAGCGUUGCUAAUUACCUUUACUGAAUCUGAUGAUAUGGAGUUGAUCCGUCGCUGUUUAGAGUUAUCACCACAGCUGCGGUCGCUCGUGUGUCGUCUACGUCUCGCAGCCCUCACCGCUGGCUCCGAUGCAUUCUUCGUGUCCACGCUACACACGGCCGCAGGACACGCGAGGAGAUGGUUGUCGGAGUUAUUGUUCGGACCGCGGCUUCAUCCCACGUGGCUGCUUCUCGUGUCCAGUGAGCCUUCACAGGCAAACAAAAUGGCCGACAGGCUGAUAGAAGAUAUAUGCUCAGUACUAGCUAUCGGGGACACAAAGGAUACUAACUUUUUCAUCAGCACCCUUCUAACGCACGUGUUAACUCACCACCUCGGCUGGGUGACCACUGUAAGUCCCUACGACAGAGUGGAAUCAAAAAAUACAGGAAAUUUGGACACUAAGAGGCCAUACAACGCGCUCUGGGCACAACUGACGGAUCUCUGUGGAUGUAUAGGAUUUCCACCGAAAUCCGCUAGGACCAUCAUAACCGGCAACAAGAAUAUACUGUUCAUUAAUAGAUUACUGGACGUUCUUACUUAUUUUAUACGUUGCGGUGACGUCAAGAAGAACGAUUUCGUGUAUCGAGACUGUUCAGUGAGCGAGGUCAAAGUCAUCGAUGUGAAAGCUGCUAGUGAAAACGAUAAAUGUGAUUUGAAUGACUAUAGUACAAAAUAUAGCUUGAAAGUUCCAUCAUACAGCGGUAGUAGUGCGAGUACUUUAGUGUCCAGUGAGGUGUCUUUGAAGAAAUCGGCAACGUUCGUUGAUUUAAAUAAUGUGCUCUCUAAUUUUGACUUUGCAUCUGAUAAUGGGAGCAAAUUGAGACGGCAUCCGACCAUGAUGAUCUCAUUGAAGGAUUCUGACUCCAGCUCAAACGCGUCAUCAGAAGAAUGUGAGAAGAAUGUUGUGUUCGUGCUCGGUGAUGAUGAGAAACUUGUGGGGUUGAAGAAUAAAUCAAACGGUAAGAGGAAUCUAAAGAAAACUUCAAGAGCUUCGGAGACAGAGGAGACAGAAAAAGCUGGACGUGACGAUGUCCGCCAAGAAAAAUACAAGUCAUCACAAAGCCCGAAGUGCUGUGACCAAACACUCAAACAUUCCAAGCCCAUAAAACAUUCCGGUUUUAAAUUCGAGUUCGAUAAAUAUCCGCAGAUAGUAACUAAUUAUAUGAAGAGCAAGAACUUAGAGAUUCUAGAUAGACAUUACAUAGGGAAGCCGGGGAACCUGAAACUGGACAAUUUCCAGUUCGAUCCAACAUUCGUACCUCCGAUACAGGAAGACAGAUGCGAGACCUGUUACAAGUGCCAGUUAAUGGAGUCCAUGUUGCAAACUCCCACCAACGCCUCCGAAAUGGAAUAUAUGAACGAUAUACCGAGACAGUCGGAACCGCAGAUCGCUAAGGAGACGAUAGUCCAAGAGGAAAUGACGCCCAAGACAUUUGUUAGGAAGCGCAAAGAGAGUACCGUCGUCGUGAAUGUCAGGAAGCCUGUGACCGAAGUGAAGGUGAAGGUAGACGAAGACAAAGAUAACAAUGUAAUAGAAGUGAAGCAAGUUUUAGAAUUCCCUGUUCCCCAAGUGUGUCCCAUCGCUAAAACUGACUGCAACGAUACACUUCUAGGCGGCAUUACUGACCACUAUGUACCUGAUCUUAUAUUACAAGGAACAAUCGCUAAUCCGGACACAUGGGAAUCGGAACUUCGGAGGGAUUUAGAUCUGACGUCGUAUUUGAACAAGAGCUCUGAUUCGCCUAUACAAACUGUAGCCAUAGUCGGUGACACUAAUACUUGGCAGGUGAGAGUUUGUGGGCGAUCAGUUGGUCCUAUGGGAGGGGGAUUGUCGCCACUCGUUGGUGGUAUUUUGGACGCUUUACCCGCCAUGAGAAAAGCCAACGUACCCGCCGCUCAGUGCCAACUAUUUUUGGAGAGCAAACUCCGCGAAUUCUGUGUACUAUCAAAAACUUUAGCCGACAUAUUGAUGUCCACCGACUUUUGUGAUAUAGCAACACUAACAAAAUCUUUGAAUGUGGAUGUUAACGACGUCCCCCUAUUAUUGGCGGUCGCCACAACCCACACGCCGGAACUAGCUACUAGAUAUGGUAUUAGCUAUAGAUGAUAAUGAACUAAUUAAUAAAGUGCAGCGCUCGGUGAACGAUAUGCACACCCUGUAUAACACCUGCACUUGUCACUGAAAACAUAACUCGGACGCCAUAAUUGGGUAUAAAUAAUUACAAGGGGGCUUUAAAGUUUAUGUUGAAGUGUAACACUUUGUAAGUAAUCAAUAGCAAGCACUUCUCAAUAAAAUAUUAUUGAAAUAUAAAUUGAAAAACAGCUGCUAAUAACAGAAUUACUUACAUGGUAAGAAGUUUUAAAAUAAAGUUUAAAACUUUGGAAUUAUUGUGAACUUCAACAAAUAUAUAUUAUAUUGAAUUAAAGUGCUCACUUUUUCUCAAUAUUAAAAAUCAGAUUUUGCAUGUGAUGAUUAUAAAAUAUAUACUGUCUGCCAAACUUGGUAUUUAUAAUGUGAUAGACAACUUUAAAAUCAAAAAUUACAUAUGUAUAUAAUAUUUUUAUUACCUAAGCACUGUUAUAUAUUUUAUAUAAAGUAAAAAUUUUAAUACACAUUAGUGUGAGAAGUGUGACCUUAUUAAGGUAUAAAUUGACAUCUGUGAUUUUUUAUAUGAAUAGAUAUAAACAUAUUUAUAUAAAGAUUCUAUGUAUAUGUAAAUAAUAUGUUAUUACAAUAAAAAUGCUAAUCAUUUAUAAUAUAUAAGGGAAUUUCAGAUAGUGAGAUAUAUAGUCCAAAACAAUAUGUACACAGCUAUAAGAUAAUUAUUUGAAAGUUUUUUCCAAGUAAUAAAUAAAGAAAAAUUUUUCAAAGUUUUUGUCGUUAAAGUCACAUCUACCCGCAGGACCAAAACAUUUUCGUUAAAUAUCGCCGAUUCCAUAUCAAAAAACUGAAUCCUCGAAAUGAUUUCUGCAAAAGAAAAUCCCUGCAAUUGCAUUAAAUCAGAAGUUUUUUUUUUUUGGGUCAAAUCUAAAAUCUUUUGUAUUUAAGUUUUACACAGCGUACAAUAAAUACUCCUUACAUACGUACCUUACUCUAUCACUGUUAUAAAUGCAUAAUAAUAUAUGUGAUGUAAUUAUGUAUUUUUUUAUACUUAGACUUUAAUAAAUUAUUAUUUUUUUCACAUUGA